AUGGCAACCCCGCCCCCUGAGGCUGCGCCGGUGUUGAAGGAGGAGAAGCCUCAGCUUCCUCCUUCUCCUACUGGUGCCUCUGCCCCUGAUGUUGCGCCCACCAGUCGCAUUGCCUACAGUGCUACCAAUGAUGUGAAGAUGCACGGUACCGAUACUCCUACCGACAAGAAAUCUCCCGUGUUGAAUGGGAACGGACACCCCGCCGUCGCGUCUGUCACUAAUGGGACUUCAUCUGCUGCCACAUCUGCUGUCAUUCCAAAGCCAUCCGAUGCGGUGACGAUUCCUGCGAUGACCAGCAACACAGAGGAUAAACCCGCAAUUACUGAUGCGCCCGCAUCUACAUCCGCUCUUGAGUCGGGUCCUCUAGCUGGGGGCCUUGAUGGUUCGACUGACGGAAAGAUGGAGCUUGACGGUCCCCAGGAACCCCCCUGUGGCACAGCCUUUGAAGACUGA